UUUUAUAUCACUGCAAGGCACAACAAACAAAGUAACAUAGAUAGCAUUUCGUAAAACUCUGUCAGACAAAAAUGUGUACGGAAGUAGUUAAAGCAUCGUAUUGGUUUCCAGAAGGUGUAUCCCCAUCCACCGGAAGCGUAGUCCCAGGAUCCUCAGCCGUGCUAAUAGAUUCAACUCUCUUCACUCACCUUUUCUGCGCCUUUGCCGAUCUUGACGCUCAGACCAACAGCGUCGUUGUCUCCAGCGCUCACGAACAGGAAUUCUCGAACUUCACUAAGAUCGUCAAGCAGAAGAACCCUCACGUGCAGAUCCUCUUGUCAAUAGGCGGAAGAAACGCAGACAGAUCCGCGUUUGCGUCCAUGGCAAGUAACCCCACCUCUCGUAAAUCAUUCAUUUGGUCUUCGAUCUCCAUCGCUAGAUCUUAUAAAUUUGACGGCCUUGAUUUGGCUUGGGAGUACCCAAAAGAUGAAGUGGAGAUGAACAACUUUGGUAAACUACUUGAAGAAUGGCGAGAAGCUGUUGAUGAUUAUAUUGAACGCACUGAAGGUAUCCAUUUUUUGUUGACAGCUGCGGUUUAUUACUCAUCCGAGUACAAUUCUGUUUCUUACCCGAUUCGAGAGAUUAAAGAAAACUUGGAUUGGGUUAACCUUAUUGCCUAUGAUUUCUACUGUUCAUCCACAAUCAUUGGUCCACCCGCCGCUCUGUUUGAUCCUUCAAACCCGAAAGGUCCAUGCGGGGACUCCGGUUUGAAAGAGUGGAUUAAGGCCGGACUUCCAGAGAAGAAAGCAGUCUUGGGAUUCCCAUACGUUGGACGGACCUGGAGUCUAGAAGGUGGUAAUGAUGCGGCCACUACCCCAGUACCUACAUCAGCUAAGGGUUAUAUCAACUAUAAUCAGAUAAGGAGGCUCAUAGUGGAUCACAAAGCAAGACCGGUUUAUGACUCGACGGUGGUCGGAGAUUACUGUUUCGCGGGGACUAGUUUGAUUGGGUACGAUGAUCAUCAGAGCGUCGUGACGAAAGUGAGAUACGCUAAAAAGAGAGGUUUGCUUGGUUACUUCUCAUGGCAUGUUGGAGCUGAUGAUAAUUCUGGUCUAUCUCGUGCAGCAUCGCAAGCAUGGGAUGCUAAAGAGACAGCCAGCGGAGACAAGAUGAGUUCCGAGUUAAACCAAAAGAAAAAGAUUAGUUCCGACAACCACAAAAGACGAAGAAAUAAAUAAUGACGAGUGAAGAAUAGAACAUGUUGGCUUAU